UCUAAUCACCACUUCACACCCAAUGACUGCACCUCCACAGACACCUCUGUCAAGCUUCUCAAGUUUGCGGAUGACACAACCCUGAUUGGACUGAUCCAGGAUGGGGAUCUCUGUACUCUUUUCAGUUUGACAUCUUUCCUAUAACAUGGUGCCCAGAACUGAACACAAUAUUCUAAAUGUGGUCUCACCAAUGUCUUAUACAACUGCAACAUGACCUCCCAACUUCUAUACUCAAUACUCUGACUGAUGAGGGCCAAAGUGCCAAAAUACUUUUUGACCACCUGAUAUACCUGCGACACGACCUUCAAGGAACCAUGCAACCAUCAACCAUUCCUCUGCCCACCUGGCUAAUUGAUCCAGAUCCUGCUGCAAUCUUUCACAACCAUCUUCACUAUCUGCAAAACCACUCACUUCUGUAUCAUCAGCAAACUUGCUAAUCUUGCCCUGUUCUGUGACGUUUCACAGAGUGCUGGAGUAACUCAGCGGGUCAGGCUGAGUAUAGAAGUUGGGAGGUCAUGUUGCAGUUGCAUAAGAAGUUGGUGAGGCCGCAUUCAGAGUAUUGUGUUCAGUUCUGGGCACCAUGUUAGAGGAAAGAUGUCAUCAAACUGGAAAGAGUACAGUGAAGAUUUAUGAGGAUGUUGCCAGGACUAGAGGGCCAGAGCUAUAGGGAGAGGUUGAGUAGGCUGGGACUCUAUUUCAUGGAGUGCAGGAGGAUGAGGGAUGAUCUAAUAGAGGUGUAUAAAAUCAUGAUUUGAAUAGAUAUGGUUGAGUCUUUUGCCCAGAGUAAGUGAAUCGAGGAGCAGAGGACAUAAGUUUAAGGUGAAGGGCAAAAGAUUUAAUAGGAAUCUGUGGGGUAUGUUUUUCACACAAAGGGUGGUAGGUGUAUGGAACAAGCUGCCAGAGGAGGUAGUUGAGGCAGGGACUAUCGCAACAUUUAAGAAACAGUUAGGCAGGUACAUGGAUAGGACAAGUUCGGAGGGAUAUGGAUCAAACAUGGGCAGGUGGGACUAGUGCAGAUGGGACAUGCUGGGCCGAAGGGCCUGUUUCCACACUGUAUCACUCUAUGACUCUAUCUUUCCCUCUCAAACCCAUUCUCAUGCCUUCUCCCCAUUACCUCUGACACCCGUAUCAAUCAAGAAUCUAUCAAUCUUCUCCUGAAAAAUGUCCAUUGACUUGACCUCCACAGCUGUCUGUGGCAAUGAUUUCCACGGUUCACCACCCUCUGACUUAAGAAAUUCAUGCUCAUCUCCUUCCUCAAAGGAAUGUCUUUUAAUUCAGAGGCUGUGGCCACUGGUGCUAGACUCUCCCACUAGUGGAAACAUCCUCUCCACAUCCACUCCAUCCAGGUUUUUACCAGGCUGGGACAGACUGCAACAGCUUCACACCAUGUCCCAAAGCUUGUGUCCUGUCCUGCAUCACCCAAGGCAGCAGAGACAUUAUAGGAGAGGGCAAGCACCGUAACAAAGUAGCUCACAAUGGUUUGGGUAACAUUCAGGAAUGUCUAUGCAUGUCACAUCAUGAAUAUUACUGAAGAACGGUCAUGACCCGAAAUAUAAUCUCCAGAGAUGCUGCUUGACUCACUGAGUUACUCCAGCACUCUGUGACAUGUCAUCUAUCCAUGUUCUCCAGAGAUGCUGCCUGACCCGCUGAGUUACUCCAGCACUCUGUGAAACGUCACCUAUCCAUGUUCUCCAGAGAUACUGCCUGACCUGCUGAGUUACUCCAGCAUUCUGUUAAACAUCGCCUAUUCAUAUUCUCUGCAGAUGCUGCCUGACCCACUGAGUUACUCCAGCACUUUGUGUCUAUUUUCCCUUCACCCAUCUGCCCAAGCCCACUCUCCCCCCUCCUUUCCUAUGUUCCUUUCCACCCAUAAACCUCUCUCUGUCUUUACAUUUCACUCCUCUUUCAAAUCUGCUCUACUUAUCUACAUUCAUUUUUCUUCUUAACUUUUUAGCCAUAGAAUGAUGCAGUGUGGAAACAGGCCCUUCAGCCCAACUUGCCCACACCACCCAACAUGUCCCAUGUAAACUAGUCCCACUCACACGCGUUUGGCCCAUAUCCAUCUAAAUCUGUCCUAUCCAUGUACAUGUCCAAAUGUCUCUUAAACAUUAGUAUAGUCCCAUCCUUAACUAUCUCCUCUGGCAGCUCGUUCCAUACACCCAGCACCCUUUGUGUGAAAAAGCUACCUCUAAGAUUCCUGUUAAUGUCUGAAAUAUUGGUCAUAAAUUUGGUGCUAAAAUGCUCCAAAAUAAGGCUCAGAAUGCAUCAGAGAGCAUCUAAAACCCCAGAGCUUCCAGGACCCUUAAGCGGGCCCUGGACCCUGGCAUCAAGGGACUUCACGCUUCGCGCUCAUGAUGUGCGCUGCGUGCACACUAUUUCACAUUACAUUUUUUGUAAUCCUGUCAUGCCACCCCCCUUUUUGGAAAGCUUCGUACGGGCCUGUCGCUGGACUUAGAAUGAGGCAGAAGAGCCCUUCGGCAGCUGCUGAGCAAUCCUCUUUAGGAUCCACUCUGCUCUCCCCACUUGGUGAAAGGGCUAGAAAAGGUGCCCUAAAAUAGCCUGCCUCAAACUUACCGACUGGAUUACCGCCUCCAGAGGUAUCACCACACGCGGUCAGAAACACAGAGAUAUGAAUAUGAACUUUGGGGCAUGGAAUGUGCGCACAUUGAUUGUUAGUGCAACCAGUAACAGACCAGAGAGGAGAACCGAGAUCACCACAAGAGAACUGAGAAGAUGCUGGAUUGACAUAGCUGCCCUUUCUGAAACCCGGCGGGCAGACAAAGGACAACUGAAGGAGGAGAGGGUGGCUACACUUUCUUCUGGAAAGGAAAAACUGCUGACAAGCCCAAGAUCCAUGGUGUUGAGUUUGCCAUCAGGAACCAGCUCAUCAGCCACCUCUCUGAACUAACUGUGGGAAUCAGUGAGCAUCUCAUGACCAUCCGUCUGGUGCUUGUCAACAACCAGAUGGCAACAGUUGCGAGUGCCUAUGCCCCUACUUCAGACUCUGAAGAGGAAGCAAAAGAGAUUGUUUAUUCCUGCUUGGAUGAGACACUGUCUAAAAUCCCCAGGAAGGAUAAGAUUAUACUCCUCAGAGACUUGAAUGCCAGGGUCAGCCGGAACCAACACCUCUGGAAGGGUACCAUAGGAAAGGAUGGCAUCGGGAACAUCAACUCCAAUGGAGCACUGCUUCUCAGCAAAUGUGCUCUGCACAACCUCAUCAUCACUAACACCCUCUUUCGCCAGAGAAACAAAAUUAAGGCAUCUUGGAGACACUCCAAACAGUGGCAUCUCAUUGACUAUGUCAUUGUACGAGCCAGGGACCGCCGUGAUGUGAACAUCACAAGGGCCAUGAUCAAUGCAGAUGACUGCUGGACAGAUCAUCGUCUCAUCUGCUCCAUGAUGUCCAUCAAACCCAAGAGGAAGAGGAGGAUUCAAACGAAGCAGAUCCGGCCAAGGCUGAACCUUGAAAGCCUGGAGGAAUCUGCCACCCAGCAGCAACUUCAGGCUUCUCUUGGAGAAAGCCUCCAACAGGAAUAUCCUGAUGACAUUGAAGAGCCGGCUCAAAUCCACCAUCCUUGAAACCUGUAAAAAAAUCCUUGGGUGCAAGUCCAGAAAACAUCAGGACUGGUUUGGCGAGAAUGACACAGCUCAUCUCCAAGAAAAGGAAAGCCUUUUGUGCCUGGCAAAUGAUGUAACCUGAAGGCCAAAAGAGCGGCUCACUCCAGAGCCAAGGCGGACGUCCAGAGAAAGGGGAGGGAGCCUCAGAAUUCUUGGUGGACAAAUAAGACUUUGGAAAUCCAGAGACUGGCAGACUCAGGUGACACCAGAGGCUUCUUCAGCGCUACUAAUACCAUCU